GGCAAACAAAAGCUAUUUCAGCGCUUGCAAUGCAAUUUCUAAGACAUACUCAGAUCACCAAUUGACGAGGAAAGAAAGAGAGAAACCAACGUGAAUCACUGAUAAGACACACUCAACAAUUGACGUGAAAAGAAAGAAUGAAACGUGCAUUACGUAUAUCCUUAUAUACUCUUAUAUAGUAACAGAGCAGUAAACAUAAGUUUUGUAGUGGCAAAGCAGGACGUCUUUGUCCUGUUGCCGUGUUUCACGCAGAAACGCUGAGAGUGCACUGAGUCGCGUGUGGUUUUUGGUUUGGGUUACAGCGCAGCUGAAUGCCACAGUGCUGUCGCGCGCUCAGUCGCACGAGCAUAUCUUGAGAGCUGGAGUUUUAUUCUACUGCCUCGCGACUCAUUUUCUGCUUGUUUGUUACAUCGUAUAUGAGUCUUAAUCCAAGAAACCAUUACAUAUCGAUUAGUGACAGUUUUGGGCCAGGUUACGGAACAUUUUUUCUUAUGUAUUCUGGAUGUACAUUGUGACCAACGAUGUUUCAAUGGACCUGAAUGAGAAGGAUUAUUCUUUUCAUCGUCAAAACAAUAUAUUGCGUGUUUGAACGAACUUACCCACGGAUAAAAAGCGCAAUGAUCUUCGCCGCGAUAUACAUCAUUUUACCACUGUUGGAUGUGCUGUUUUCUGCCGAGGAGUCUUACUUUAGUUCAAACCGGCUGGACUGUGUGAAGGCGAACGAGCUGUGUUUGAAGGAGCCGGGAUGCAGCACAAAGUAUCGAACUAUGAGGCAGUGCGUGGCGGGGAGGGAGACCAACUUCAGUAUGGUGACUGGAAUGGAGGCAAAGGAUGAAUGUCGGCUUGCCUUGGACGCUUUAAAGCAGAGCCCUUUGUAUAACUGCCGCUGUAAAAGAGGCAUGAAGAAAGAAAAGAACUGCCUGCGCAUCUACUGGGGGAUCUAUCAGCAUUUACAGGGGAAUGAUUUACUUGAGGAUUCUCCAUAUGAGCCUGUGAACAGCCGGCUUUCAGACAUUUUCCGACUGGCCCCCAUCUAUUCAGAGGGAGGGACUGGUGGCGGUCCCUGGAGCAGUCCUGUCACCAUGGCCCCAGGGAGAGGGUCCCAGGGCAGGUCAAGACCACUUGAGCCUCAAGACCCCAGUAGAAACAGAAGGGCACACCCAAACUGGGCAAUUCUGGGUGAGCCCGCGCUAGCAAAGGAGAACAACUGCUUGAAUGCAGCAAAAGCCUGCAACCUAAAUGACACCUGCAAGAAAUACCGUUCGGCUUACAUAAGCCCCUGCACAAGCCGAGUCUCAACGGCUGAAGUCUGCAACAAACGGAAGUGCCACAAGGCCCUGCGGCAGUUCUUCGACAAGGUGCCACCCAAGCACAGCUACGGUAUGCUCUUCUGCUCGUGUCCUUUAGGGGAUCAGUCGGCCUGUUCUGAGCGCAGACGCCAGACCAUCGUGCCAGCCUGUUCAUAUGAGGACAAGGAGAGGCCUAACUGCCUGACACUGCAAGCAUCAUGCAAGACCAACUACAUCUGCAGGUCUCGUCUGGCUGAUUUCUUCACUAACUGUCAGCCUGAGCCCCGCUCUCUCUCUGGUUGUCUGAAGGAGAACUACGCUGACUGCUUGCUGUCAUACUCUGGUCUCAUUGGUACGGUGAUGACCCCAAAUUAUCUGCGUUCACCCAAGAUCAGCGUGUCUCCAUUCUGUGACUGCAGCAGCAGUGGCAACAGCAAAGAGGAAUGCGACAGAUUCACAGAGUUCUUCACUGACAACGCCUGCCUGCGCAAUGCGAUCCAGGCGUUUGGAAAUGGGACUGAUGUGAGCGUGUGGCAGCCAAUGCCCCCAGUGCAAACCACCGCCUCUAUGACAACACCAUCCCAGAGGGUCAGGGAUCGAGACAAAUUACCUAAUGCCAUAGAACCGGCAACACACAUCAACCAUCUCAACCCGGCUGAUAACUCCCUCUACCAGUUCUGUGGUAGCCUCCAGGCUCAGAAGCUGAAGACAAACAAUACAAUAGAUGUGUUAUGUUUGGACCCACAGAUCAAUGACCCCAGCUCCUCCAAUGCCAUCUCCGGGAAUUCGUCCGCUCGGCAGGCGUCUCUAUCAGGCCUCCGCUAUCUGCUGCUCCUACUGGCUACCUCCUUGUACUGCAUCUUCACCGCAUCGAUGUUGUAGCCACUUAAGAACAUAAAACAUGGACAGUCACAAAUUUGUACAAAGUCGAUUGCUGUUCCUGGUCAAUCUGUUGUACUCAGUACUCUCUCUUUCUCUCUCUUAGUCCAUCCCAUCCUCUCUCUCUCUCUCUCUCUCUCUCUCUCUCACUGUUCUGUUUUUAAGAGCUUUUGUUGAUGUUGUUGAUGCAACGAAACAAAGUGGUCUUGGUGUACUCGAGUUUCUGUCUCUUCCCUCCUGAUUUUUGCAUCGGAAGAUGAAACGUGAAAGAAAUGCAAGAGCUCCUCGGAAUCAUUGCAGCAUUCCCAUGUGAUGUUGUGCCGUCUACGCAACCGCUGGUGUUUUGAGGGCCAGAAAUCAUAAGGACUCCUGUCACAGCAGUAGAGAUUAAUCUUAUCUGUGCGUAUGUGUACUUAAAGAUGCAGUGUGCACCAUCCAAUGCUCACUGGUACACACAAAAACAGCAAAAGACACUAUAGAGAUGUGGUCACUGUUUAUUUACACAAAUUGUCUUCUGUCUAUCUUUUAUUUUGGUUGACGUUUUGGUGAAAAUUAGAUUCUCACAAAUUGUGCUUCUCCUCUGUAGUUUUUCUACAGCAUCAUUGGCCUGUUUGUAGGUCAAACAUAUCAAAAAACAUUUGCAAAACAGCUAGUCAUAGAAAGUGAAAGGAGGGUUUAGAGGAGAGUUUACUGAUCGAGAGUUUCCAGCCCAAGCUUAACUAAAAAGACCUAAAGGAAGUAACUCGUCUGAUAAUACAUGAAGGAGCCUAUUUGACAAUUUUGCUCUUGUUUGUCAUGGUGUGUUUGUGUGUGUGGCUGCACGUGUGUAUGUUUAAUGCUGUUUGUAUGUCUGUUUGUUUGAACAUAAGGAGGUCACAGGUUGACUGGAUGGAUGUGUCAAUAGAACUGGGGUUUCAUAACUCUUACGCCACAGUUUCCAGAGAAAACAUGGACUGAGGCCGGAAAGCCAUUGGUUUUUGUGUAAUCAGGCCAUAUGUAAAGGUUCUAUGUUACACUUGCAUAUACAAGUAUCUGUAAUUUGCACAUCACCACUCACCAGGCUAAACUAACCGGCAUCCACAUAUUUAUCGAGUGUAUGCUGCCUUUCUGAUGUUGCUUUGACAGGGAUUUUCAUACUUCGGCCCAAAUGAAACAUGCAAACUAGUCAUGUAUGUAUUAUAUACUGUAGCCAGUUUUUUGUACUGUAUGUCUACACAAAAGUUACUGAAAGAGUCAGUAUCGGUGAUCCUGCAUCACAGUUACUUAAAAUCAGUGAGAAUUCUAUAUGUCAAUAUGAGGCAUGUGCAGUUUAACCACCUCAGCGGUAUACGUUAAAAGAGUCUAUGACAUGCUGCUUUGGUUCAUGUGGCAUUUUGAACAAAAAAAAUAAUGUAUUGUUGUACUUCAUGUUAUUUACAGAACAUUUUAAGUGCUACAUUAAAAAAAACACACAAACAUAUAUAUACUUCAACAUGAACUAUGUUUAUAGAGCCUGCUAUAUUUAAAUUGGGAUCUGGUUGUACAAUGUAUUAUCAUAUUGGAUGAGGAUUUAUUGCUUUUCUCAGUAACUAUAUAUACACUAUAUAUUUUUGUUUAGAGAUAACAGUACAAAUUAAAGACUUACAUCUGUUAUUAUUGCUGUCCUGUAGUAUCCCAAAUGAAGAAAAUGAACAGCCAUUUUAGUAUAACACUAUGCUAUUGUUUUAUGGUAAGCCAAAAUGAAAGGGGAAAAAACUCUUAUUUUUGUAUCUUUUUGCAUUAUGGGUUUAUUUAUUGUAAUGUUGUCUUUCCUGCUGGUAAGCAGUACAGGAACUUUAAAAGUAUGAACAUUAAAAAACCAAGCAUGAGAGAUAGAAAUGCAAUAAAAGCUAUUGGACACAGUGUAUAAUGGAUUCUACGCAGGCUUUCUGCAGUGGUCUGGUGUUUUUGGAUUUGAAUGCAGUUGCUGUGUGCUUCAGAUGGGAACAGGAAAGUAAGAAUGCCACAUUGUAAAAUCUAUAUUUCUCUAUAUUCACAUGUUAUUGCUCCAGAGCAUUUAAAAUGCAAACACAAGAUUCCUCCACAAUCUGUCACAUUUCUUCUUAGCUUGUGAAAAUGUAAAAAGUAUUCUAUGAAAACAAUUAAAAAUGUUGACACACUCA